CUCUCUCCCUCUCAACUGUAUGGAGCUUCAGCCUGGAAACUUUCACUGGACCUCGACAAUCACCUCCAUCGACAAGCACACACACACACACACACACACACACACACACAGCGAACGCAUCUCCAGGCGAAUCCGGCCUCACCACACCAUGAGCGCCCUACGCGUCGCAAGGCUGCGCGCCGUCCGCCCACAACUAUCGCCGCGAUACCAAGCUCUCCGGAGACGCGAGUCGACCAAUGCAAAGCCUCCACCAGAGCCAACGACCGUCACCGUCACGACCGAUGCUGCCGCCGAUCUUCCACCGUCACCGCCGCCAGCAGCGGGAUCCACUCUCCCACCUCCUCCUCCUCCUCCGAGGCCAUCCUUCUACCGCGAGAACCGCCUCCUCCUCUUCAGCGGCACCCUCGCCGUCACCCUCGGCUUCCUCGGCGCCAGCUUCGUGCUCUCCAACCUCAACCCGCCGCCGUUCCCCGAGCCCGGCAGCCACGGCGACGACGUCCUCAUGGCGGACCUGCAGGCGCGCAUCGACACCGACUUCAAGGUCAGCGUCAUGCGCGGGAAAUGCCUGGGCGCCGCCCGACAGCUCAAAGGCGACGAGGGGCCGGGGUGGGUGGAAGUGCUGCCCGCGGCAUCGCCGGCGAGCUCCCAGGAACCGCCACCACCACCACCACCACCACCAGGGGAUCGGAGAGACGAGGCCGAAAAGCCAUACACCCUGAUCACCACACCGCCUCUCCUCCAGAACCUCCAAGGCGCAGGCCGCCUCGGGGUCGAGCGGGUCUUCUGGCACCGCAGCGACCGGCAGCUCCUCGCCGUCGUCUGGUUCGGCGGCGGCCUCUCCGGCUGGCCGGGCGUGACCCACGGCGGCCUGCUGGCCACGGCGCUGAGCGAGAAGCUCCAGCUGGCCGCCCGCCUCUCGGAGCAGGAGGACCGGGCGGGCGGCGUGGGAGUCCCCCCGCAGGACCCUCUCGUCGCAGGGCCCGCGCGCACCCACGCCAGGAUCCACGCGCCGCCCUCGCCUCCCACAUCCUCAUCGGCAACCGCACCCGCACCCGCGUCGGCACCGGACGUCGCCCAGCUCACCCUCAACUACCGCCGGCCGACCCGCGCCAACAGCUUCUACGUCGUGCGCGUCACGCCGGCCGACCACGCGAGCCGCAGCAGUGGGGGAUCGCAGCGGGAGGCAUACACCGCCACGAUCGAGCAGAUGUCCGGCGCCGUCUGCGUCGAAGCCACGGCGGUCGUCGCAUCAUCAUCAUCACCCCUGACCGGAGGAGGAGGGGGACGGGAGGUGGGCAGGAAGGUCUCGGAGAAGUAUUCGCAGUUCAAACAGACGAUGUGGCCCUCGCGGCAGGAACAGACGUCCAGCGCGCAGAACUAGGAGGGAACGGAAAAGGAAAGGGGAAAGGAUGGCGAUGAUGCCUUUUACAUAAUUAAAAGUUUGGAGAUUCCUCCUGCUUUUCCACUUUCCACUCCCCGGCUUUCUACCAGAUUGGCGGCUGGCUGGGAGGGAUCGCGGCCCCUUCGCCAUCACGGCGGGGGAUGAUAGACGGCGCAAGGGUGUCGUGCAAGAGGUCGGUCGUCUAGAAAGAAUCUCACAGAGAAAUAAUCAUUUCAUUUCGAAAUCUCCGGGGAGAGAGAGGGAAAACAAAAAGGGGGGGCCGUAAUCUAGGAUAUCACAUGCAAACCCAAAAUAAAAAUAAAAAGUGGAUCUGGACCCCAACAGAAAAUGUCUUGCAAAACAUCCGUCGUAAUGCCAUCUCCCUCCCCCCUCUCUCUGCCCCUCAGGUUCUGUUCUGUUCUUCUUCCGUACUGAAAACAAUCGAAAGACGAAAAAAAU